CAAAGAAAAAGAAAGCUGCUGUCAUCACGAACUAACAGCAACGUUUUGUGAAUAGUAGCGAGAAAAAAAGAACCGCAAGCUGCCCAAAGUGAAAAACAAAAAAGGGCAUCUUUCCGGUUGUAAUUUCAGUGCAGACUCCUCUAGUUCCUUAACCCGAACCACAGGAAGUAGCCGGGAAGCACCAUAGCAAUGGAACCUUACGAUGUGAUAGUGAAUCAGCCAGUUGUGAUCGACAAUGGAUCCGGUAUGAUAAAAGCUGGCUUCGCCGGAGAUCACAUCCCAAAGUGUCGUUUUCCAAACUACAUGGGAAGACCCAAGCAUGUUCGGGUGAUGGCUGGCGCCCUAGAGGGAGACGUAUUUGUCGGACCAAAGGCUGAGGAUUAUCGCGGUUUGCUUAGUAUCCGUUACCCAAUGGAACACGGCAUAGUAACAGAUUGGAACGACAUGGAGAAAAUUUGGACAUAUAUUUACAGCAAAGAUGAGCUGUCCACAUUCUCCGAAGAGCAUCCGGUGCUGUUGACGGAAGCUCCGUUAAAUCCGAGGAAAAAUCGCGAAAAGGCUGCAGAAAUUUUCUUCGAAACUUUCAACGUACCAGCCCUAUUCGUGUCGAUGCAGGCCGUGCUUAGUUUGUACGCUACUGGGCGUGUUACCGGCGUCGUUCUGGAUGCCGGUGAUGGUGUGACACACGCCGUUCCUAUUUACGAAGGUUUCGCAAUGCCUCACAGCAUUAUGCGUGUGGACAUUGCCGGGAGAGAUGUCACCCGAUACCUCAGAACUCUUAUCCGAAAGGAAGGGUUCAACUUUCGCACAACCGCAGAAUUCGAGAUUGUUCGUUCCAUCAAAGAAAAGAUCUGCUAUUUGCCGACGAUUCCGCAAAAGGAAGAAAGCGUUGAUACGGAAAAAGUGAAGUACACACUGCCCGAUGGAAACAUACUGGAAAUAGGUCCAGCUCGGUAUCGCGCACCGGAAGUGCUCUUCCGUCCGCACAUGCUCGGCGAGGAAUGCGAAGGAAUUCACGAGGUGCUGAUGUACUCGAUUCAGAAAUCGGACAUGGAUCUGCGGAAGAUGUUGUACCAGAACAUCGUACUAUCCGGUGGAUCGACACUGUUUAAAGGUUUCGGCGACCGAUUGCUGUCGGAGAUUCGAAAACAUGUGGCGAAAGAUAUGAAGAUAAGGAUCGCAGCACCUCAGGAACGUAUCUACUCCACUUGGAUGGGUGGUUCGAUUUUAGCUUCCCUGGACACGUUCAAGAAAAUGUGGGUUUCGAGACGUGAGUUUGACGAAGAUGGUCAGCGGGCGAUCCACCGGAAGACUUUCUAAGAGUAGUAGUAUAACAUUUCACACGAAAAACUCACUUACCGUGCUAGCUUCACAAACUCACACGCGCAAUCGAUUGUUCGACAAACAAAAAAACUCAUCAGGUCGACUCGGAUGCAAACCGAGACUUCAGGGUAUGGUUCGGACCAAAGGUAAGUCUUCAGAGAUGGAAGAAGAGUUAAGAACACUAUAAUUUAAAAUGAAAAGAAUCAUGCAAAAUAAUACUUUUCCAUCAGUUUUAAAUUGGAAGAUGAGCCGUCAGUGCUGAUUUUGUGUUGCUAUAAACCUUAAAAGCGAGCAGAAUUAAAGAAUAAUUUAAUUAUAAUUAAGGUAGCAAUGUGAUUAAAAUCGUGUGUACUAUUUAUGUCUUUCUGUUAGCUUCUGAGAACAAAUUUUAAUACAAUUUGCUGAGAUUCAGGGUUUCGUAAUAUGCUACUGUUUUUCCCUCUAGUUGAAUACCGCGAAUAAAAACAUUUCUAAGGUAUGCUCAUUGCUUAUACUGAUGCACGUUUUCUUAUUAUGCUUAUUCGAAGAUACAGUUGAGGUUCACACGAAGAUUCUUUUAAGAUUCCAGAAUUUUUUUGGAGCCCGAAGAUAAAAUUCAAACCAUGUUUGUUGCCUUUAGCUUGAGAUUCAGAAUCUUAAGAUGCCAGCCAUUCCAGCUGUUUCCUUUUUUGCAAAAUGUACUUCAUUCGUUAAAACUUUGUUCAAUUUAGUGUCAUUUAUUUGGCAUAUCUUCACUACUCUUUAUUUUAUUGCCAAUAGAGCUACUUUCGGAGAAAUCUAGCAGUAUGGGUCAUCUUUUUUCAAAGACUAUUAAAUUACAAAAUAAUAAUUUAUGCUUAACAAAGUUAUGAAACAAAUCAUAAGGUAAUCUAACUAAUUAAUAUAUUAGAUAUUAUAAAACUAUUGAAGAACGAAUAUGAUAAUAACACGUGCGGCAUACAGAUAGGAAAGGCCCUGGAGGAGAGAAUAUAUAACGAAAUGUGGAAACCUUA